UUGUCGUUCUUGCACCAGGUCAGACCUAGCCUGCGUGGCACUCCUUGUCACCCAUUUGUAAUACCAAACAAGUUAUUGCUUUCACCGAUUACUUCAAGGCAGGGAAGAAUGAAGGGUGCAUUGUGAAAGUAUUCCAACGGCCAAAAUGACGACCCGGGACCAAUGAGAUGGGAAUGCGCGUGGUGUUUAGAAAAAAAACGGAUUGGUCCCAUCGUCGAAGUGUUUCCAAGGAAGCAGCGAUACACGGAAGUAAAUCCAUCUCUAAACAUGGCUGUUUGUGUUGAAUAGAUACAAUCAAGUUCACUGAUAUGUAAAGCCAUAUGGGGAUAUUAUUAAUGUGCUACUAGCUAAACAAGUACGUCUAUGAGGCACAGUAAUCAUGUUCACUGAUGAAACUUUGGAUGCCUUGGGCGUUGAGUCGCUGUGGAGGAAAUCGCAACAGUUUGCACAGGAAUCGGGUAUGUCUGUUGGUUUUUCAGAGAGGUUGUCAAACCCGGCCCGUACACACAGCUCAGGCUGAAAUACAGCCCCUGCUUAAUGCAGAUAAUGGCACCCAGACGGAUCCACAAGACCACCUCAUAUACCAACUCCCCCUUAAAGGUGAGCUCCGACCAGAGUCUCCCGGGCUGAGGGACUUCCUGCAUCGAGUGGAGGACAUGGUUGUCAAGGAGUUGUCCAGCAACGCCAAGAGUCAUGCGUUUGAUGGGUUCGACGUGAAUUGGGAGGAUCAGAACGAGACGGUUUCAUGCAUACAUUGUCUCCACCACCCCAGUGCCCAGGAGAAGGGUCUUCAAGUUACCAGCGUAUCCUGGAGUUGCACAGGUUCAGUAAUCGCCUGCGCCUUCGGUCGUGUUGAUGACGGAGACUGGAGCACAGAGAAGUCCUGUGUGUGCACUUGGAACCUGGACCGCAGAGGCCUGAACCCCAAACGACCAGACACGGUCAUAGAUGUGGCCAGGCCAGUCAUGUCUCUGUCCUUCCACCCCUCUCAACCCUCUCUCAUAGCUGGGGGUCUUUACAGUGGAGAGGUAGUGGUCUGGGACACAAACAGGACGCAGGACCUAAUUUUGGCGCAAACAGGAAUGUCGACCGACUCUCACCGGGAGCCAGUCUACCAGGUAGCCUGGGUCCCUGGACCAAGGCGAGGGGAGAUGGUGGUGCUGAGUGCUGGUUCUGGGGGCAGGGUGCUGCUGUGGACAGUGGACUCAGACGAGGGGAGGCUGGUGCUCAGUGCAGGCUUUGCCCUCGUCAGACAGCAGGUGCCUCACAACAGUGCACUGAGCAAGAACAGAGGGAGCAGCAAUGUGGGGGUCACCUCCCUGGCCCUGUCCCCCUGGGACUUGGACACAUUCCUGGUGGGCUCCGAAAGCGGCCUGGUCCUCAAGUGCUCUUUCUCAGCACAGACGCUGGCAGCGGCACCUCCCGAUGGAGAGAGUGUGACUCUGCGUGCCCCAGCCCAGUUCUCCUUCAGCCCCCGAGGAGGCCCUGUCCACUCUUUGCACUGCUCCCCUUUCCACAGGAACCUGUUUGUCAGUGUGGGGACCGACGGCCUGGCCCAUCUUCACUCUCUGCUGCAGCCCGAUCCGCUGCUCUCGCUCCGGGUGUCCGACUCAUAUGUGUUCGGGGUACGCUGGUCACCAACAAGGCCCCUCCUCUUUGCUGCGGCCACAGGACAAGGUCUGGUGCAGAUAUUUGAUCUGGGCAGGAAGUCCCUGAGACCAGCAGCCACCCUAGACCAGCUCACAGGUGGCCAACCAGUCUACUGCCUGGAGUUCAACCCCAGACGGAAAGACCUGCUAGCGGUGGGCAACGCCGACGGCUCCGUCAACAUCUGGCACCUGAGCACGGAGCUGACGGAACAGGGGCCCCGAGAGACUGCCAAACUGGAGCAACUAGCUAAUGAGGUGGCAGAGUGAGUCGAGGCAGGAAGGAGAGGGCCAAUGAAAUUACAGAAUAACAGGGUCGUCUCAGUGCAUGGUUGCUGGCACAUCUGUGGAUGUAUAUAGGUAGAAGAACGUGGGUUUUUGUGCCAUAUUAUUUUAGAUGGAUUUGUUAUCUUUUGUGAUGGUGAAACAUCAAAUAUUACUCAGUAGGUACUGAACUGGUUAAGACUUUUUUUUUGUACUGAAAACAUGUAAUAAAGGCACAGAAAACACA